AUGGGAAAUGGAGAAGUGCUAUUGACAAUGGAGACUGUUUGCAGGCAGUGGACGUGCUGUGCAUGGCGCGCCCUCCUGCUUUGCGCCUUUGCGAUUACGGUAGUAAUUUGCGUAGCGGCCGCCGUAGUAUUACUACUUACACAAAAGCCUGUAGUUCUUGGAGAUUCUUCCGAAUUUGCAGCCUGGGACACGACAAAUGGCAACAGCACGAUUCGACGCAAACCUGCGCAUUAUAGACCCUUCACAUUCGAAGAUUUAUUAGCAAACAAGCACCAAGUGCGCACGUAUUAUCCCACGAAAUGGUUGACCGACGACAGUUUGAUGAUUCCGGAUGCCGGAAAUAUGUCAGUGUCUGAAGAGGAUGCUAAUAUUAACAUCAUCCGACCACAAACUUCUCAGGAAGAAACGUUCAUUCCGGGUUCUGAAUUCCAAGCUGGAUUUACAAGCGAUCGAGCCACAUUUUCACCAAGCGGCAAAUUCGUUGCGCUUAGCAAAAUUGUAAAUCAUGUCUUCCGAUAUUCGGAAGAUGCCAUCUAUCAAAUUGCAAAAGUUAACGAUGGAAAAUUAUUAAAAUAUACAUUUGUGGGUCCAAAUGGAACGGGUACUGAGGCAUUGUCCUCAUUCAAAUGGAACCCAAAUCCGCUGAUGCAUGAUUUUAUUUUCGUCUACAAUUAUAAUCUCUAUUACCAAGCGGACCCAGAAAAGCCUGGGACAGCCAUUCCGCUAUCCGAAAAUGGACAUAAUUUUUUGAGAUAUGGCAUUGCUGAUUGGUUAUAUGAAGAGGAAAUCACGCCUAAUGCUCUAUUUUGGUCGAAGCGUGGCGAUCUAACGGCCUAUAUUAAAUUUGAUGACCAAUACGUCCACCGAGCCUAUGUUCCGAAGUAUUACUCAUUCCGACAGUAUCCAGACUAUAUGGAAGUACCGUAUCCAAAAGCUGGAGUCAGUAAUCAACCGGAAGUUACGCUCUAUCUUAUGGAUCGGAAGAAAAACAAGAAAGUGGUCGUGUCGCCGCCAGAAGAGUUGAUGACCAGGAAUAUGUCAUAUUAUAUCUUUGCCAAUAGCUUCAUUUCUGUCGCGAUGAAUGGUACCAGAAGAGAAAAACUAUUGACAACCUGGGCCGACCGGGAGCAGAUGAAUGUCUACAUGACACUUUGCGAUCUGGAGGACUGCGUUCUGACGUACUCGCAAAAUUAUGAGAUUAACGACAAAGAGUUGUGGGCUGAGCCUGAAGAUUUCCAAAACCUACAUGCCUCUCCAAGCGGCUUUUUUGUAAUUUUGCCACAUCAAUACACCGACGGAAAUAUUUACCAACAUAUUGCACAUAUUCGAGUCCAGGACGACGGUUCUGGAAGAGUAACAACCUUCCAUGGUGGUACCUAUGAUAUUGUAAAAAUUCAUGGAUAUGAUUAUGAAAAGGAUACCUUGUUCUACGAAUCGGCAGGUGGUGCUAUUGCUUUCAAACGUUUGUUCCGAAUCCGAGGCGCAAGUACCAGAUUGGCACAGAUCCAAUGUAUAAGCUGCUUGCUUCCAAAUUGUGACAGCGCCACGAUUUCGAUCUCACCCAAAGGCAAACGUGCAGCCCUUACCUGUAACAAAGCAUUCGAUAACGGCCGUCUAUUCCUGAUCGACACUGAGAAGAACAACGAAUUUGUUCAACUCCGUGGCUUUGAAGCCGCUGUCCUAUCGUUUGAUGAGCCCACAAUAACAUAUGAAAAAGUGAUGCUGCCUUCAGGGAUCGAAGCUCACGUUGGUAUAAUGAGACCACCAAAGUUUGACGAGACUGCGAAUCAUCCAGUUCUCUUGGAUGUAUAUGGCGGACCAAACUCUUACAUCAACAGUCUUGAGACGCCAUGGGAUUUUUUGGUGUAUUUGUGUUCGACCAGACAGAUGAUCGUUAUCUACAUUGACGGCCGGGGCUCAAAGCAUCGAGGCUGGGAUAUUAAAGGAGCCAUGAAGAACACGAUCGGAGGCCCGGAGGUUGAUGACCAAAUUGAGGGGAUGAGGAAAAUCAUCGACAAAUACCCCUAUAUGAACAAGAAAUCAGUGGCUGUUUUUGGAUGGUCCUACGGUGGCUUCCUAGCGACACACAUUGCUGUUAAAGAUCGAGGAAAUGUAUUCCGAUGUGCUUUGGCCGUUGCUCCGGUUGCGGACUUUACCUUCUACGAUAGCGCCUACACGGAGAGGUACCUCGGAAUGCCAUCGGAGAACAUGGCUGGGUAUAAUAACUCGCGGCUGACGGACAAGGUGGCAAGAUUGCGGAAUGUCAAUUAUUUCCUCGCCCACGGCAGCGCUGAUGAUAACGUGCAUUACCAGAAUAGUGCCCUACUUGCUGGUGCGCUACAAGAAGCCGGGAUUGCUUUCACACAGCUGGUCGGUCUAUUCAAUACUAUA